AUGCUCUUGCUGGCCCCCCUGGCUGCGGGGGCCGCCGUGCUUGGUUCCCGCUCGGAGGAACAGAGCGAUUGCCCGGGAUACUAUCUCUCCAAUAUCCACGAGAAGCACAACUCUCUGACGGCCGAUCUGACUCUCGCUGGCAAACCCUGCGACACCUACGGCAAGGAUUUGAAGGAUCUGAAGCUUCUGGUGGAAUAUCAGUCUGAUGAACGUCUCCAUGUCAUGAUCUAUGACGCCGAUGAGCAAGUUUACCAGGUCCCGGAGUCGGUUGUCCCUCGCAUCGAGGGAGUCGAUAGCACCCGCCAUGACUCGGAGUUGAAGUUCCACUAUGAGGAAAAUCCCUUCUCGUUCACCGUCACUAGAGGGCAAGAAAUCCUCUUCGAUACGAGCGACUCGACCCUUAUCUUCCAGUCGCAGUAUCUGAACCUGCGUACAUCGCUCCCCAAGAACCCUAACCUGUAUGGACUGGGCGAGCAUAUUGGCCCUCUGCGUCUGCCGACCACCAAUUACACUCAGACUUUCUGGAACCGCGAUGCUUACGGUACUCCCGAGGGCACCAACCUGUACGGUACUCAUCCGGUGUACUAUGACCAUCGCGGCGAGGCCGGUACCCAUGGUGUCUUCUUGUUGAACUCCAACGGGAUGGACGUCAAGAUCGACAAGACCGAGGACGGCAAGCAGUAUCUCGAGUACAACUCCCUGGGCGGUGUUUUCGAUUUCUACUUCUUCACCGGAGACACUCCCAAGGAGGCCAGCAUUCAGUACGCCGAGAUCGUGGGCCUUCCCGCCAUGCAGAGCUACUGGGCCUUCGGUUACCACAACUGCCGUUACGGAUACCGGGAUAUCUUCGAGGUCGCAGAAGUCGUGUACAACUACAGCAAGGCUGAGAUCCCGCUGGAGACCAUGUGGACGGACAUUGACUACAUGAGCGGAAGACGGGUGUUCACGCUCGAUGAAGACCGGUACGACCUCGAAAACGUGCGUUCGGUCGUGGAUUACCUCCACGACCACGACCAGAAAUACAUUGUCAUGGUCGAUCCGGCGGUGAGCGUCAGCGACAACGUUGGGUACAAGAAGGGUGUCGAGCAGGAUAUUUUCCUCAAGAACUCAACGGGCGACCUUUUCAUGGGCGUCGUGUGGCCCGGUGUGACUGUCUUCCCCGACUGGUUCAAGGAGGGCACUCAAGAAUACUGGAACGAGCAGUUUGCCGACUUUUUCGACGCCGAGAAGGGCGUGGAUAUUGACGGCUUGUGGAUCGAUAUGAACGAAGCCUCCAACUUCUGCCCGUUCCCCUGCGCGGAUCCCUUCGCCUAUGCUGAGGAGGCAGACAUGCCCCCGACACCGCCCCCGGUGCGACCGAGCAACCCCCGCCCACUGCCCGGCUUCCCGGAAGACUUCCAGCCGUCCUCCAAGGUCCGACGGGAUAGCACCAAAGGCAAUAAGCUUGGUCUUCCCGGCCGUGACCUGCUGAACCCGGCGUACAAGAUUCAGAACGUCGCCGGAGUUCUUAGCAACUUGACUAUCCACUCGGAUAUCAUCCACGAGGACGAAGAGUAUGCCGAGUACGACACGCACAACCUCUACGGAACGAUGAUGAGCAGCGCAUCCCGCGAAGCCAUGGAAUCCCGCCGUCCGGGCCGGCGACCCCUGAUCAUCACGCGCAGCACGUAUGCUGGCGCGGGCAAGCACGUCGGACACUGGCUGGGUGACAACCUCAGCGAAUGGAACCAAUACCGCCGCUCGAUCGCCCAGAUCACGGCAUUCGCCUCGAUGUUCCAAGUCCCCAUGGUGGGCGCAGACGUGUGCGGCUUCGGCGCCAACACCACCGAAGAGCUCUGCUCGCGGUGGGCUGCCCUGGGCGCCUUCUACACCUUCUACCGCAACCACAACGGCCUCGACAGCAUCGCGCAGGAAUUCUACCGCUGGCCCAAGGUCGCCGACUCGGCGCGCAAGGCGAUCGACAUCCGCUACCGCCUCAUGGACUACAUCUACACGUCGUUCUACCGCCAGUCGCAGACGGGCGAGCCCUUCCUGCAGCCUCUGUUCUAUCUCUACCCCGAAGACAAGAACACCUUCUCCAAUGACCUGCAGUUUUUCUACGGCGAUGCCCUGCUUGUUAGCCCCGUUCCCGACGAGGGCGCUACCUCCGUCGAGGCGUACUUCCCCAAGGAUAUCUUCUACGAUUGGUACACGGGCGCGCCCAUCCUCGGCCAGGGCGCCAACAUCACGCUUGAAGACAUCGACGUCACGCACAUCCCGUUGCACAUCCGCGGCGGCAGCAUCAUCCCCGUGCGCUCGUCCAGCGCGAUGACCACCACCGAGCUGCGCAAGCAGAACUUCGAGCUGAUCAUCGCGCCCGGCCUGGACGGCAAGGCCUCGGGUAGCCUUUAUCUCGACGAUGGCGACUCCCUGGAGCAGGAAGCUACGCUCGAGGUGGAGUUCACUUACGAGAAGGGCAAGCUCCGCGUUAAGGGCAAGUUCGAGGGUGGCAUCAAGGCCGUUGUGGAUGACAUCAAGAUCUUUGGGGCUCACAAGCACACUGGUGUGAAGACUGCUAGUGUUAAGCACCGCGUGGAACUUACCAAGAACACUGAGGUGAAGUUGCUGUGA